CUGAGUGGUAUUAUCGAGUAUACUGUACCAUACCGACUAGGUACUCCAAAACUCCAAAUCCAGACGGCGGGCAAUUCGCAUGUCUACGCUGCGUAUCCGUACGUUGUUAACCUCGGCACAAUCGAACCGGAUUGAGCUCGUCAGCCCACAUUCACAUUCACAUCCAUAUCCACGUUCGCGAUAUCGAUAUCGAUAUCGAUCCCGAUGGAGGCCGCAUCUCGCCUCGCCUUGAUGGCCAUUGUUACCCGGGCCGGGAGUCCGCAGCAGCAACUACGGCAACAUCUCCACCAGCAGCGAACGCCGAAACAGUAUCAACAACGAGACGAAAAGGCGGCGUGGAAACAGCAUCAUCAUCCUCUCGUCACGGUCGUCGAGUGUGAUCUCGAAGCGGGUCUAGGGGGAAGGGAAGUAGCAGCAGCAGCAGCAGCAGCAGCAGCAGCAGCAGGGGAGGGGAAGAGAAUGUUGGGGAACCCGAACCACCAGAUCCACCGUUCCUCGGGAUGGGGACGUCGGGGCAGCGCGGGGAGUUCGAGCUCGCGGUCGAGUGAGGGGAGCGAUGGGGGAGCGAUGGCUGCCGGAGGCGGAUUGGAGGCUGUUGCGUGGUGGAUUCUGAUGGGGUUGGAGUGUUGUGUCGCUGGCGGUGUUGAGGGCUGGAUUAUUUACAUGGUGUACAAUGGUGGUGAUUUUGAGAUUUGGAACUGGCUAUCCGAGUUCGCGUCGCCGGCCCUGAUGAUCCUCCUCAGCGUCUCCCUCUCCGCGGCCCUCUUGCGCGGGGUCGGCUGUCUGAACAGGCUUGGGGAUUUGGGGUUCCAGGCGACCGGUCUGGUGCUGGCCACGUUUUGCGCCGUCGUCGUGUGCGCUGGUGUGAGUGGUGUUGAGGAGGGGGAGGGGCAGGACGGCGACAGGUUGGAGAAGAAGGGGGUGCGGGUCGUUGUCGGGUUGGCUGUCAAGAUGUGGUUCCUCUUCUUCAUUGGCUUCCUAUGUGCCGUGUUCCAGUGGUACAGCGAAGGCCGGCAUACAACAACAACAACAACAACAUCUACGACGAACCAGCAGCCGCUACUACAAAAGAAGGGGAAGAAGAAGGAGAGGGGCUACGGCACUACCACGGGCGGAUUGGCGACCGUCGACGAGACGUAUGAGGGAAUUGUGAGCGACCUAUGAGAGGCGCGCGGAUGGUCUUCUCCCCUUUUUUCACUAUUACUGAUGAUGAUUUUACUGAUGCAUUCACGACGAGCAUAUGCAUGAUUGAGCGCGCGCCUACACUACAAUGAGUUCCGCGACAUUCCGAUACCCCCUUUUAACCCGGUUCCUUUUUCACCCGGCUGCGACUCUUUGGAGUCUUUACGCGGCGCAAAUUUCAGGCUAGAUACUAUGAUUCUACCUACUGUACUAGAAUACCCUUUUU